UAGCAGUGUUUUCUGUGGCGUCUUCCUCCGGCCCACAGGAGAGCGCAGGUCGUGCGGUGACUUGACGGGGCCUGCGCUUUCCCACACGCCGGAGCCGUUUGGGAGCUCAGUACUCCAAAAUGGCAGAGCAACUUUCUCCAGGAAAGACGGGAGACCAGGUGUGCACCUUCCUCUUCAAAAAGCCGGGACGAAAAGGUGCUACAGGCCGCAGAAAGCGCCCUGUCUGCAACCGAGAUCCCGGAGAAAGCAGCAGCAGCAGCAGUGAAGAAGGCAGCACUGUGGUUCGCCCGGAAAAGAAGAGAACGAUCCACAAUCCGAUGGUACAGAAGACGCGUAGCAGCGGUAAACAAAAGGUGGCUUACGGCGACUUGAGUAGCGAGGAGGAGAAUGAGCCCGAGAGUGUUGGCGUGGUCUACAAGUCCACCCGCUCAGCGAAACCCGUGGGGCCAGAGGAUAUGGGUGCAACCGCUGUCUAUGAGCUAGACACAGAGAAAGAGCGUGACGCACAAGCCAUCUUUGAGCGCAGCCAGAAGAUCCAGGAGGAGCUGAGGGGCAAGGAAGAUGACAAGAUCUAUCGGGGAAUCAACAAUUAUCAGAAAUACAUGAAGCCCAAGGAUACGUCUAUGGGCAAUGCCUCCUCGGGGAUGGUCAGGAAGGGCCCCAUCCGAGCUCCCGAGCAUCUACGUGCCACGGUGCGCUGGGAUUACCAGCCCGACAUUUGUAAGGACUACAAAGAGACUGGCUUCUGCGGCUUCGGAGAUAGCUGCAAGUUCCUCCAUGAUCGUUCAGAUUACAAGCAUGGGUGGCAGAUCGAACGUGAGCUCGAUGAGGGUCGCUAUGGUGUCUAUGAGGAUGAAAACUAUGAAGUGGGAAGCGAUGACGAGGAAAUACCAUUCAAGUGUUUCAUCUGUCGCCAGACCUUCCAAAACCCAGUCGUCACCAAGUGCAGGCAUUAUUUCUGCGAGAGCUGUGCACUGCAGCACUUCCGCACCACCCCACGUUGCUAUGUCUGUGACCAGCAGACCAAUGGCGUCUUCAAUCCAGCGAAAGAAGUGAUUGCCAAACUGGAGAGGAAUCGAGCUGCUGGAGAGGGUGGUGCUUCCGAUUUCCCAGAAGACCCCAAUGAGGAUCCAAUUCCCAUUAUUUAAGUGUCUCAUAAUUCUCAGAUCUCAGAAUAAAUGUUUUGUUGUUUUGGAAAUCUUGUGUCCUGACUUUCUAGGGAAAGUGACUGAGAGGAAAAGGCAGGUAGUGAAGUAGGGUCCUAAAUGACUUAAAGCGUCAAGGUAGGUACAACCUGGAUUUUUAGUCCUGGGAUAAACACUUUACUUGUGUGUAGCAUAUACUUUUCAGAACUCUUUGGCAUAAAUUAUGGGGAUGGGAUUUUGAAGUUUGAGAAAAGAGCUAGAACUUGUUUGAAGUAACCAAGGCUGUGAUGGGAGCAAGAACUGGACCUAUUUAUUGUAUCAUAUUUCUGUAUCACUUAAUAGUUUGCUAAGUAUGUUCACAUACCUUUGUUGGGAGCCCUGAGGGCCUGUACUCAUACUGACUUCAAAAUGCACCAGAGCCAACAUAUGUGAUUGGGGGGUGGCAGGAAGAAUGGGGUUGGGGGACUGGUAGCUAGCACCACAGGGUGCAUGUAUGGUAAGUGGUCCUUGUUCUUUCUGAAGCAUCUAUAGGUAACUCCCCCACUCUUUCACAGAUGAUAGAAAUAGUCUAUGCUGUGCUGUCCAAUAUGAUAGCCACUAGCCACAUGUGGCUCUUGAGCACUUGAAAUGUGGCUCAUGGCCAAGUACUGGAUAUCACAGUUCUAGAUUGAACUUGUGAACCUGCAGAAGGCAAAAACCUAAUAUUUUAUAACUCAUUAUCUGAAAUUAUCCAUGUUCUCAGAGACUAUAAUAGAGCUGGUCACGUCCCAAUAUAGUUAGUCUAUGUACUCUUCACAACUACUUUGUGAACUCCUUCAGUGACUAGCCCAGUGCUUAUUAAAAUAAGCUCAGAGAGGUUUGAAAAGGGAGACUGGGAACAAAGCCUUGAAUGCCAAGGUAAAGAGCUUCGACUGUAUUUCUGUAGAUAAUGGGGAAAUAGAGGAUUGGGGACGGGAAUACAGACUUUUUAAAAAUAUUUAUUGUGGUUGCAAGCAGAGCCCUGGUGGUGCAGUGGUUAAAAGCUCAGAUGCUAACCAAAAAAGUCAGCAGUUCGAAUCUACCAGCUGCUCCUUGAAAACCCUAUGGAGCAGUUCUACUCUGUCCUAUUGGGUAGCUAUGAGUCGAAAUCGACUUGAUGGCAAUGAGUAUGGGUGGCUGCAAGCUAUAGGAUGGAUUGCAGGAAGAUGGAAGACAAGCAAGAAGGCCAGUUAGGCCAAAUCAUUAGCACAUGGUUAUCGAUCUAACUAGAACUUGGGUAUCCCAGGAAACAUGCAAGAAUACGUUGUGGGGUAGAGUGUCUUUUAUUCACAUUCAUUAAUCCAUUUAAAGAUAUUCUUUGAGCAGCUGCUGUGCCAAGAACUGUGCUUGGCAUAGGGGAUAUUAGCAGCUUCUGCCCUCAUGAAGCUGGACAUUAAACAAUGACAAGUGUGAUGAGUAUCACAAAAGAGUGCACUGGGCUGAUGUCCCAGGAUUAACCCAAUCCCUAUUUUAGAGGACUUCAGAAACAAACUCACUUGAGACAGUGUGACACAUUCUAUAAGAAUAUACAAAGUAAGAUGGGAAUACCUGAGAAAUUGCCUACUGGGAAAAGUGUUUAAGAAAGCCUCAUAGGCGGCAGUGGUGGUUCAAUGGCAGAAUUCUUGCCUUCCACGUGGGAGACCUGUGUUCGAUUCCCAGCCAAUGCACCUCAUGUACGGCUACCACCUGUCUGUCAGUGAAGGCUUGUGUGUUGCUAUGAUGCUGAACAGGUGUCAGCGGAGCUUCUAGACUUAAGAGAGACUAGGAAGAAAGGCCUGGCAAUCUACUGAAAACCAGCCAAUGAAAACCCUAUGGAUCCAGAGCUGAUUAUUGUAAUUGCUGUCAAUAAGCUGUAUACCUGUAAAAAGUUGAAUUGUGAAAAGCUGUGUCAUAUUUACAAUGACAAAAAAAGAGUAGCUGUGAGACUGUUCAUGUACAACCAAAAACUUCAUGGGAUUUGGUUCCUUGGUGUAGGGUCAUGGUUUCAUGGGACAUCCCAGUUAAUUGGCCUAAUAACAUGAUUAGUGCUUCUGUUCUACCUCCUAGUUCAUUGUGUAGUGCCUGCGGUCUUAAAAGCUUGCAAGCAGCCAUCCAAGGCACGACAAUUGGACUCUAUUCACCUGCAGCAACAGAGGAAGGAGAGUCAGAAAUAGGAGGAGGAUAUGGAAUGUGAGGUUAACCGCCUCCAUGAACAACUGCCUCCUUUGCCAUGAGAGCAGAACUGGAUGGUGCUUGGCUACCACUACUGAACACUUUGAUCAAAGAUUCUAUAGAAGAAUUCUGAUCAAAGAGAGGGGGAAAUGCAGAAUAGAAUUUCGAUUUCUCAUGGACUCCCGGCUUUCUGGAGCCAUGGAGCCUGGAUGAACCCCUGAAACUAUUGCCCUGAGAUGAUCUUUAAACCUAAAGCCAAAAAUAUCCCCUGAAGUCUUCUUAAAACCAAACAGUAGUUUAGCUUAACUAGUAAGGAAUGUCAGCUUUGAGCAUUAUGUUCUUUUAAGAUCUAUACGGGAUCAAUGGAUAACAAGCAACUCGAAAGAUCAGAUAGGGACCUUAGGGGGCAGUGAGUUUAUGUUAAUGGUGGAGGAACAACUUAGAAAAGGAGGGUGAGAAUGGUUGCACAACUCAAAGAAUAUAAUCAAUGUCACUGAACUGUACAUGUAGAAACUGCUGAAUUGGUGUAUGUUUUGCUGUGUAUAUUUUCAACAACAACAACUAAAUAAAAAAAUAAGGAAAAGCAAAAAAAAAAAAGACUUUUCUCCAUCAUUCAGCUCUUUUUCCAGUGUUGGCUUUAUUCCAGGACAGUAUGCUGUGUCCUCUGGUAUCUGCAAGCUCACAUUAUCCUUGCUUUAAGCUCACUCAAUCUAUCACUAAAAAAAACACCAAAAAACCCUCCGGCUUGCAAUGGUCCAAUCCACUACUGAUCAUGGGGAUGACACUGGACCAGGCAGCAUUUUGUUCAGGUGUGCAUGAGUUGGGGGCCAACUUGAUGGCAACUAACAACAGCUUCCUUCAUUUUACAAAAAUUUGUCGAACUUCUACAUGUCAGGUAUUGUGCUAGGUACUGGUGUGAAAUGAUGAGCAAAAAAGAAAAGCAUCACAGCACAGAUGAGCUUGGAGCUGUAUGCUGAAGGAACCAACCUAGUCUCAGAGGUCAGGGGAGGCUCCCCUAGGAAAAUAACUCUCAAACUAAGACCUGAAAGGUAAAUAGGAGAACAAGAUCCCAGGCAAAUGGACAAACAUACUAAGGACCUAAUGUGAGAGAUUGGCUUCUGCUAAGAAAGCAAUCUAAGAUGGCUGGAGGAAAGAGACGAGGUAGUCAGGGCCAAAGAGCAGACACCUUGCAAGUCAUGUUAAAGACUUUAGACUUUAUUUGAAGGGCAAAGGGACAAUAUCAAAGGGUUUUAAGAAGGGAAGUGAGAUGAUCAGAUUUGAUUUUUAAAAAGAUAAUUCUGCAGUGUGGAAAUGGAUUGAAAGGGAACCAGGCUUGAGGCAGGGAGGUGAGGAAGGAGGCUGUUGCACUAGUCCAGGUGACAGAUCGUGGAAUACUGGACUAGACUGGUGAAUGUGGAAAUUCAUUCAUUUAAUAAAUAUUUUGGAGCACUCAGUAUUCCCCAGGCAUUGCUGUAAGCACUGAAGGUAACAAAAACCAAACCCACUGCCAUCAAGUCGAUUUCGACUCAUAGCGACCCUACAGGACAGAGGAGAACUGCCCCAUAGAGUUUCCAAGGAGCACCUGGUGAAAUUGAACUGCCAACCUUUCGGUUAGGUGCUGUAGCUCUUAACCAGUACGCCACCACUGGAGGUACAGCCAUGACAAAAACACAAGUCCAUGUUCUCAUGGAACUUACAUGAGAGACAGUAACAAAUUUAUAUAUAAUAUAUAUUUAAUAUACUCACAUAAUAUAUAUAUUCUAAACAUAGUAAUGUUUACUAAAAUAUCAGGCUGUGAUAAGUGCUAUGAAGAACAAUAAAGGGAAGGAGAUAAGUGUACAGUGGUACGGGGGAAUGCUGUUCUAUAUAGGGUGGUCAGAGAGCACCUCUGAUGAUGUAACCUUUGAGCAGAGACCUAAAUGAAGCAGUUAUGUGGGCGAAGAACAUUCUAGACAGAACACCAAGUGUGAAGGCCCUGAGGCAGCAGAGUGCCUGAUAUGUCCUAGGAACUUUGAAGAAGACCGUAAUUGGAGUGAAAUGAAGGAAGCGGAAAGAAA